AUGUUGUAUGUUGCUAAAGAGAAAGAUGAAGUGGAAACUUGGACAGUGAAAACUCACAAGUCGGAACACACCAGUCUGCAAACUAGAGAAAGCCAUCACCUCACAGCAAAGUUCAUGGCUAAGGAGCCUGCUGUGAAGAGAUUGGUUGAAUGUAACAAAGACAUCUCUGUGAGGACCAUCCAAGAAGAGCUGGCAAGGAAGUAUGAAUUAAGGGUUUCAAGGAUGAAAGCAUUUAGGGCAAAGUCUCUUGCUUCAAAAGAAGUUCAAGGUGACAACAAGGAACAAUAUUCAAGGUUAAGGGAUUACAUAAUGGAGCUUCAAAGUGCAAAUCCAGACACAACAGUGCACAUUGAAGUUGAGUCUGAACCCAACCCAGAUUCUCCAACAAGGGUGUUCAAGAGAAUUUACAUCUGCUUGGGUCCACUGAAGCUAGGUUUCAAGGAAUGUGGGAGGGACAUACUAGGCUUAGAUGGGGCUUUCUUGAAGGGUUCACAACAAGGUCAGGUAUUAGUUGCAGUAGGCUUGGAUUCCAACAAUGGACUCUAUCCACUGGCCUAUGCAAUUGCAGAAGCAGAGAACAAGGAUUCCUGGACAUGGUUUCUAGAAUGUCUCAAAGAUGAUCUAGCAUUACAAAACAACUCAAGGUUUACCUUCAUUUCUGAUAGACAAAAGGGCCUUAUUCCUGCACUUGAAAAGGUAUUCCCUGCUGCAGAACACAGGUUCUGCCUUAGGCAUAUUCACCAAAAUAUGAAGUUAAAAUGGAGGGGCAAAGGCUUUAAAGAUUGCUUAUGGGCAUGUGCAACUGCCAGAACAGGGAAAAAAAUGGAAGAGUUAAAGAAGUUCAAUGAGGAAGCAUACAACUGGUUGGCACAAAUUCCACCAAAGCAUUGGUCUAGAUCUCACUUCACAGGUUGGGCACAAUCUGAUGUUCUACUGAACAAUAUGUGCGAAGUUUUAAAUGCUAAAAUUGUUGAAGGGAGGGAAAAGCCAAUCAUUUCAUGCUUGGAAUAUCUUAGGGAGUAUUUGAUGAAGAGAAUAGUCAAUGUGAUGAAGGUACAAGGGACUCUUGGGCAGUAUGUUGUGAAUGUCGAACAAAAGGUUUGCACAUGUAGGAGGUGGGAAAUUUCUGGAAUACCAUGUAAGCAUGCUGUAGCUGUUAACUGGGAUAUGGCUGCACACAAACAACAGGUUGGGCCACCUGAGGAUUGGGUCCAUCCAUGCUACUAUCUGGACACUUGGAAAAAGGCUUAUUCCUACAAGGCUGGCAGGCCAAAGAAAAAGAGGAGAAGAGACCAAGUGGAGGUUGAAGAUGCCAUGGAGAAGAAAGGUAAGCUGACAAGAAAGGGUGGGACUAUAACCUGUAAGAAAUGCAAUGUGAAGGGGCAUAAUUCAAGAAGCUGUAAGGAGCCAAAGAAAGGAAAGGCAACUGAAGGUGGUUCUGCAAAUGAUGAGGUAGCUGCUGUUGGUUCUGCUGGUGGUUCUGCAGCUGAAGAAUAG